AAUGAAGCGAGCUAUCUUGCAGAUUGCUCCACAAAAUCCACCGGCCUCGCCGGCUUACAAUUGACCGACAUGAGAGGACAGCACCCUCUUCGGCCACAACAACCACAGCGAUGCGCAUCGACGAGGUGCACACCCAUACGCCGUUUGAGCUGAGCGAUGGCUGGUCGAGCGACCCGUCACUCCGGCACGUCGUCGGCCGACUCGUGCUCCUGAACACACCAGCCCGUGUCCACCAGAUUCUCGACUCGCUCGCUGCGUUUGCAAAGACGUGCGCACAGACGUCGCGCCCACUGGCCGCGCUCUGCGACCGCCCCGGCGCCGAGCCGAGGCUGGUCCAGUACAACGAAUGGGGCCAGCGAGUGGACCGAGUGGAGACGAGUGAGGGAUGGAGGGGCCUCAAGGACUUCAUGACCGUGCACGGCCUCGUCGGGGAAGGCUACGGAGCCGAGGGGCAGGAGGCCUGGCUGGGCAAGCCGGACAGCCUGGGGGGUCGCGAACAACUGGGAGCAGUCGCCCGUCUCUUUUCUUUCGCACGAAACUUUCUCUUUGCACCGGACUCCAAGGUGACGCCUUGCCCCUUCUCCAUGACGGAUGGCGCGGUCAGAACUUUGGAGCUCUACGGGACUGCCGAGCAAAAGGGCAAGUACCUGCCCAAGCUCUUGUCGCGGGAUCCAACCACCUCGUGGCAGUCGGGCCAGUGGAUGACAGAGGUCAUUGGGGGAUCCGAUGUGGGCAUGACCGAGACACGGGCCACGCCGCUGGUUGAGACAGGUCGGCAAGCAAAGGCGGGCGACCUGUACACCAUCCACGGGUUCAAGUGGUUCUCUUCGGCCAUCGAUGGCCACGCUUCCCUGGCGCUCGCCCGCACCAGCUCCGACACAUCGCUGGGCUCGAAGGGCUUGUCUCUGUUUCUCAUUCCCGUGCGCAAACAAGACCGGCCCCCGAUCCCCGCCACCGCAUCGUACACCGACGAGACAGCCGCCACGAGCCCGUUCAACGGCAUCAAGGUGCACCGGCUCAAGAACAAGCUGGGCACGCGCCAUGUUCCCACGGCCGAGCUGGAGCUGUGCGGGGCCAUUGGCGAGCUGAUUGGCCAAGAGGGACGGGGGGUGGCCCAGAUUGCCUCGGUGCUCAACAUCACACGCAUCUACAGCGCCACGGGCUGCGUCGCGGCCAUCGCACGCAGCCUCGAGGUGGCCUCGUCGUACGCCCAAGUCCGUGCUGUGGGCGUGCAGGGGCGACCGACUCUGCUCAAGGACAUUCCCAUGCACGCUGACCGCCUCGCGCGCGUCGGCGUGUGCUACCGCGCGCUCCUGCAGCUCUACUUUCCCACGACGCUGCUGCUGGGCAAGGCAGAGACGGGCACGGCCACGCCUCGCGAUCUCAGACGGUUGCGCAUGCUGACGCCCGUGUGCAAGGCAUUUGUCGCGUUCAGAACCACCGAGUGCAUUGCGCAGUGCAUCGAGGCCAUGGGCGGGCAGGGAUACAUGGCCGAGAAUCCGCUGCCCGAAGCGCUGCGGGACACGCUCGUGGAGCGCAUAUGGGAGGGCACCCCAAGCAUCCUCAGUCUUGAUGUCGCGCGUAUCAUGGUGCAGACCAAAGGGCUCGCACUGAACGAGUGGCUGCAGGACUGUGCGGCCGUCGUCGAUGCCUCGACGGGGGCACUCGUGGCCGUCGACCGAGGCAAGGUGGAGAAGAUCGGCCGGCAGCUGGACAAGGUGUACGCGGCCAUCAAGAGGGCGUACAUCGACGGGGCAGCCCUGGCGACGGGCGACGGUCGGUAUGCACGAAGCCUGCUAGAGCUCAUUGCCAUUGUCACGAGCGGCGUGGGCCUGGUCGAGCAGGCCGCCUGGUCAGCCUCACCCUCGACUGUUGCUGUUGAAAGGGGCGAUGCCGGGCUCGAGCUCGAGACAGCUGUGCGGUGGAUCUGCGGCACCGACGGUGGUCUCGACAGGACCCUUUCUGAGCUCGACGCCCUGAUGGACGGCGCCAAGCUCGCGUCCUUUGACAGUCAGCUGGCCUUUCCCUCUAGGCUUUGAUUUUCCUCUCCCCUAAGCGUCACUAUCUGCAUCUCUCCCCAUCUAGAUUUCUAGGACUCUCGGCUGAGAUGUAGAAUGUGCAAUGCUCGUGAUUUAUUCGCCUUGAGAAACAGCAGUCUGCGGCGGUGCUAGAUAAUGC